UCAACGGUAACCAAUACUAUUUCCUCACUCCUCUUUUCUUUCCCACUGUUUAUGCCCUUUCUUCAGCCAAUCAACGCUUUUGUUGCCGCUGCGGUCACUUUUACGCUGUCAACAAGUUUGGUGAGGCCGUGACGACGCAGACCUGCAUCUACCACUGGGGGAAACCGAUCAAUCGGCGAGUUCCAGGCGGCUUCCGGGACAUGCGCUACACCUGUUGCCAAGCUGAGGUCGGUGCACAGGGUUGCCAGGUCGGCACUAACGGUCACGUGUCUGACAUCAACAAAUGGUGUGACCUCGAUGGAUAUGUCUCGGCCUUGCCAGCCCUUCCUCAACCGGCUGACUCUCCGCCCAAGGUCAACGUCUACGCGCUGGACUGCGAAAUGGUUUACACCACCGGCGGGUAUGGUCGACUUAAAUCUAACUCUUCUUAUUUUGGCCUGGCCUUAAGAGACUUUUUGAAUUCAAAAAAAACUAAAAUAGAAAUAGUUUGA